GCCCAGUAGUCGUGCAGACGCAGUGAAGUGAUCAACAUGUUUGUGCUGUCAUUAUCAGUAAUUCUGCUAACGGGAGCAGUUUAUGCAGAAGUGGAGAGUGCAAAUCCGCCGCAUUGCACUAAUGUGACCAAAGGUACGGACUACGUAUAUCAUUACCGUUUCGACUACCCCGUGGCGUAUAUUCAUCCAGGCGUCAAAGAAGUUUAUCAACCUCUAUACUGCACGAAUCCCCCAGCAGUGGCCGUGGCAUCCACCAUAGUAUGCGACUGGGCUGCUCCUCCGCAAGUACAGUUCACCCUGGGCGAUGAUUAUAUGCAUGUGGUGCGUCAGGACCCGACGGGCAAGUUUGCGGGCAACGCCGUGAUAUGGACCUACCAGCUGUGCAGCCACAACCAUCUGUUGCCUGAACCCUAUACCUCUAAGAAGCUGAAUAUUACGAGGGCUUGACGGGCUCUAAUAAAAUUAAGGGAAGAAAAUGUUUCAAUGCUUUAUAAUUUUAUAGGUAAUAAUUUAGACUGACGGACAGCGGAGUCUUAA